AUGGCGGAGGCAACAAGUGUUAUGGACGAAACUCUAUAUUUUCAAGCGAAAUCUAAAAUAAAGUCAAUCUUUAAGCUACAGAAUCUCACAGAAUGUCAGGAAAAAGCGCUCAAAUGUCUUAUUAUGGGUAGGGAUGUGUUAACGAUAUUGCCUACCGGAGCAGGGAAGUCUUUGAUCUUCCAAAGCUUCCCAAUUGUAUUUGAUGUGAUGCAUUCAUCUCAGUCUCCGAGUAUUUGCUUAGUUAUUUCUCCACUUUCCUCAUUGGUGCAAGACCAAGUGAUGUAUCUUAAUUCAGUGGGAAUAAAGGCUGCGUUUAUCGGGGAUGACCAGACGGAUGAAGAAAUUAAAUGGAAUGUAGAGACCGGGUAUUAUCAACUGGUAUAUGGCUCUCCUGAAGCGUUUUUGGCGAGCAGUCGAUGGCGAAAAAUGCUUACUGGUGAUGUAUAUCGUGAUAUAGUAUGUUUAGUUGCAGUAGACGAAGCUCAUUGCAUUCAGCACUGGUAAAGAUGCUAAUUUCAAUUGCUUACUUAAUUUUUUUUUGUACUGUGUACUGCCAACACUUAGUCAUUUAUUAAUGAUGAUAAAUGAUGAUAUUUUGUUGACAUACUUGACUUGUUACAGUAAUAUUAAUAAGGAUUUAAUAUAUUAAUGUUACAGUAAGAUUGUAUAAAAUAUUAAAGUAUAAGGGUAUCUUAUAGUAAAAGUAUUAGAUAGUCUGUGAAUGUUUGAUUUGUGAAUGUUAAUUAUUUAUUUCAUUUUUUUUGUAGGGGAUAUGCAGUCAAGAAAGGAGAACAAGCUUUUCGCAAAUGGUUUUCCAGGAUAAAUGAGAUGCGUUCACUGCUAAAGAAAAUACCAAUCCUGGCCCUCACUGCCACUGCAACCUUGGCAACAAAGAAUAAAAUAGUUCGGGCAUUGGAAAUGGACACAUGUGAGGUUAUAAAUCAAAGUCCAAAUAGAAAGAAUAUAGUAUAUUCUGUCCAGGCUGUAACUGGUGGUGCACAUCAGACAUUUGGUCCAAUUAUAAAAGAACUGAGAGAAAAAACA